GAGAAACGGCUAAGGAGCUGGCUGAAGUUCAGGAAGUAGUGCAGCUGGGCAUAAAGCGAAUUGCAAUACAAAUGUGAAUCAAUUUUUGUGCACACCCCUAAUAUUAAGUGUCCCCAAUUAAGAAAGACAGAGGCAACACUGGCAAGAACCUAAACUCUAUCAGGUGACAUAAAUAGAGAAAAUAUACUAUAGAUAUAACAGCUUUACACAAAUAUUUUUUCAAACAUGUUUCAUUUUGUCUUGGAAAUUUGUCACUGUAUAAAAAACACUAUUGUUGAGGAAAUUGUAGUUUUUAAAGGUAAAUGUUAGUUUAACUCAGCCUCUUUGCUGUAUAUGCUGUUUAUGUAUUAAAUAAGUGGAAAAUUUCAUUCAUAUUAGUAUAUAGAAAAUGUAUUGUAUGUGUACAAUCUAAUUCUGUGUUGUGACUUUAUUGUAGGUUAAAUGAUUGUAACUUAACAGACAAAAGCUGUUCAUCUCUGGCUGCAGUUCUUGGAUCAGACACCAAUCUGAAAGAGCUGAACAUGAACAAUAAUAAACUGCGGGAUUCAGGAGUGAAGCUGCUCUGCACUGGACUGAAGAAUAUAAAGUGUAAAUUGGAGAUACUGAGGUUAAGCUGCUGUGAUAUGACAGAUGAAGGUUGUUCUGAUGUGUCUUCAGCUCUGAAAUCAAACCCGUCACACCUGAGAGAGCUGGACCUGAGCGGGAAUAAUCUAGGAGACUCUGGAGUGAAAAACCUCAGUGAUCUACUGAUGAACCCACAAUUCAAGCUGGAGAAACUACAUCUGAAUGAUUGCAGUAUUACAGAGAAACAGAGUCUCAUCCUGACUUCAGCUCUGAAAUCAAACCCGUCACACCUGAGAGAGCUAUACCUGAGCUGGAAUAAUCUAGGAAACACAGGAGUGAAGCACUUAUGUGCCGUACUGAAGGAUUCACACUGUAAACUGGAGAGAUUGAGGUUAAGCUGGUGUUAUAUGACAGAUGAAGGUUGUUCUGAUGUGACUUCAGCUCUGAAAUCAAACCCGUCACACCUGAGAGAGCUGGACCUGAGUGAGAAUAAUCUGGGAGACUCUGGAGUGAAAAACCUCAGUGAUCUACUGAUGAACCCACAAUUCAAGCUGGAGAAACUACAUCUACGGUACUGUGACAUUACAGAUGUUUCUUCUUUAACUCAGUCUUUGACGAACUCAAAAGCUCUGCAGUUUUUAAAAGAGCUUGAUCUGAGAGAGAAUGAGAUAGGAGACUCAAAGCAGCGGCUCAGAGACGAACUACGAGACUCAAACUGUGUCCUGAGAGCAGAUGAUGAUGAUCUAUUUACCAAGAUUAGGAGACUUUUUACAUAGUUUAAAUCUGUGAAACGGAGAUGAGAGGAGCAGAAACCAUCAGGUGAUCCACAGAAGAGUCUCACUGCUGUCUAUGAGGAGAAAUACAUGUGUAAAUGUGUUUCAUACAGGUGGAAGAGACUCAGAUUCACUAUUAAAUAAAGCAGCGUGUGUGUUAGCAUGCGUAUUAGAAACAUGUGAUUAAUGUUGGUUUAUUAUUCAGCCAAAUGACUCCUGCCACAGUAUCUCUCGUAUCUCUCACGGAGGAGCGGAAGCAUAAAAGGAGGAGACAGUGGAGAUUGAGAGAAGAACAGGCCUGAACUUGUGUUAUGUUCUGUUUCUGUCUGCUGGCUUAUUCUUUCGUUUUUGUAGACGUUUUAUUUUGUAUUAAAAGUGUUGAAUGUU